AAAAGAAAAAUAAAAAGAAAGGAGAAGGCUCAGAAACUUCCCUGCAACCAAACAAUGCCUUCUUCUCCUCUCUGAGUUGCUCUAACCUCUUCAGGCUUCUCAAUCGGAGUGAGGGAGAAGAUGAAUCCAUCAAAUCAAGUGCCCGAACAUCUCUCUUCUAUACCUGCAUUUAUGCAUGACCCCCACCAGUUUUCCAUCUUUGCUCCACAGCCAAACUCUAGCCCUAAUCCUAAUCUUUACCCUAACCCUAGUUCUAAUUCAGAGUCUAACCCUAAUUUAAACCAUCUACUCUCUCUUUCUGUUCCAAGAAAGCGCAGGCGAGGGAGGCCUCGCAGUACAACAUCGUCUGUACCAUCUCAGACACAGGUCUUUAACAUACCUUCCUUUUCAAAUGGGACAGUCACCGGUGGUAACGAACUUGGUUCUUCGUCAUCAUCUUCUUUAGCUGCUUUUGCAGAACCUAACGUUGAAAACCCUAAUUCUUCAACACCCAGUGUUCCUGAUGUAUCGGAUGAGAUCAUUGUGAUCAACAGGGAAGCCACCGGUGAGGCUUUGAUCGCACUCACGGCGGGGUUCCCGGCCGAUUCCCUUACAGACGAGGAAAUCGAUGCUGGAGUUAUUUCCGUCAUAGGUGGAAUCGAACAGGUGAAUUAUAUUCUCAUCAGAAACCACAUUAUUACAAAAUGGCGUGAAAAUGUAAUGAAUUGGGUGACCAAAGAUAUGUUUGUUGAUGUUAUACCUGCACACUGUAAUACGCUUCUGGACUCUGCUUAUAAUUUGUUGGUCUCGCAUGGGUAUAUAAAUUUUGGAGUUACCUCAGCAAUCAAAGAGAAGAUUUUGGCGGAACCCAGCAAGCCAAAUGUGGUUGUAAUCGGCGCAGGGCUUGCUGGCUUGGCUGCAGCACGGCAGUUAAUGGCUUUUGGGUUUAAAGUGACCGUUUUGGAGGGUAGGAAGCGGGCCGGGGGGCGGGUUUACACUAAGAAAAUGGAGGGUGCAAAUAAGUCAGCGGCUGCAGAUUUAGGGGGAAGUGUUUUGACAGGUACAUUGGGGAACCCACUUGGAAUCGUCGCUCGACAAUUGUCUAGUUCGCUUCAUAAGGUGAGAGAUAAGUGCCCGCUUUAUAAGUUGGAUGGAAAACCGGUUGAUCCUGAUAUGGACACGAAGGUGGAGACUGCUUUCAAUCGGCUGUUGGACAAGGCAAGUAGGCUCAGGCAGUUAAUGGGAGAUGUCUCGGUGGAUGUUUCUCUUGGAGCUGCCCUGGAAACGUUUUGGCAGGUUUAUGGGGAUGCGGUGAAUGCAGAGGAGAUGAACUUGUUUAAUUGGCAUCUAGCAAACCUGGAAUAUGCAAAUGCAGGUUUACUUUCUAAACUCUCGCUUGCCUUUUGGGACCAAGAUGAUCCAUAUGAUAUGGGAGGUGAUCACUGCUUCUUGCCUGGAGGGAAUGGAAGACUUGUUCAGGCUUUAGCCGAGAAUGUGCCAAUCAUUUAUGAGAAAACUGUUCACACCAUAAGGUAUGGUAUUGAUGGUGUGCAGGUAAUUGCUGGUAGCCAGGUGUUUGACGGUGACAUGGUUCUUUGUACUGUGCCACUUGGGGUUUUGAAGAGCGGUUCUAUUAAGUUUAUCCCAGAGUUGCCUCAAAGGAAGCUUGAUGGGAUAAGAAGGUUGGGAUUUGGUUUGUUAAAUAAGGUUGCAAUGCUUUUUCCUCAUGUCUUUUGGGAGACAGAUCUUGAUACGUUUGGGCAUCUGUCUGAGGAUCCAAACCGUCGGGGGGAGUUCUUUCUUUUCUAUAGUUAUGCAACUGUAGCUGGGGGUCCACUCUUGAUUGCUUUAGUCGCAGGAGAAGCUGCACAUAAAUUUGAGACCAUGUCUCCUACUGAUGCUGUGACGGAGGUUCUUCAAAUUCUCAAAGGCAUCUAUGAACCACAAGGAAUCAAUGUCCCAAAGCCUAUUCAAACUGUGUGUACCAGAUGGGGUAGUGAUCCAUUUAGUCUAGGAUCUUACUCUAAUGUUGCAGUUGGGGCAUCUGGAGAUGACUAUGAUAUCUUAGCAGAAAGCGUUGGAGAUGGAAGACUUUUCUUUGCAGGAGAGGCCACCACAAGGCGAUACCCUGCAACUAUGCAUGGAGCCUUUGUUACUGGGCUGAGAGAGGCUGCAAAUAUGGCUCAUUAUGCUAAUGUUCGAGCUUCAAAGAUAAAAGUUGAAAGGAGUCCAUCUAAAAAUGCACAUUCAUGUGCAUCCCUUCUGGCGGAUUUAUUCAGGGAUCCUGAUUUAGAAUUUGGGAGCUUUUCUGUUAUUUUUGGUAGGAAGAAUUCUGAUUCCAAGUCAACAGCAAUUUUGAGGGUGGCAUUUAGUGGGCCUCGAAAGAAGAGUCAUGAUGGUUCAAAACCAGAUCAACAACAUUCAAAUAAAUUACUGUUUCAGCAGCUGCAGUCACAUUUCAAUCAGCAGCAAGAACUUCACGUCUACACUUUGCUAUCAAGGCAACAGGCACUUGAACUACGAGAGGUGCGAGGAGGUGAUGAGAAGAGGCUGAAUUACCUUUGUGAAAAGCUUGGUGUGAAACUGGUGGGUAGGAAAGGUUUGGGGCCUGCUGCAGAUGCUGUUAUUGCUUCAAUAAAAACUGAGAGGGGCAAUCGCAAACCCACUGCAACUUCUUUAGCUCUUAAAUCAGGAAUAUUGAAGCAGAAAACUAGUACUUUGAAGCAAAAAUUAGUUAGGAGGGCUAAAGUUGUGCGAAAUGUUAGCUUAGAGACAAGGGCUAAAAUAGCAGCCAACAACAAUUUCUCAGCAUCUUCGUCCAAUGUGAACACGGAUUCAUCGCCCAGUUUAGGUGUUGCACCUCCUUCCAAUGGGAACAUUGCCCAUUGUUUGAAUGAGAAUGUGGUACCUCUUAUUAAUGCUUCUACAAACAUGAACAUGGUGGCUCCUACCAAUGAGGGUCUGGCACGUGAUUCAGAUGGGAUCACAGUGCCUCCCCCAAAUGCAGACCUGUUACUUCAUCCCAUAUUGAAUGUGGCGCCUCUCAAUUUGGACAUGGCGCCUCUGGCCCCUCCUAUAAUAAAUAAGGGAGCUCCCAAUGCAGAUGGGGUGUCUACCACCUGUUUAAACUUGGCAAAUGUUAAGCUGGCAGAGUAAAUGUAAACUGGAAAAGGAUUGGAUUGCUGAGGAAAUUGGUCAGGGUAGGCUAUCAAUGCAAUUACAAGAAGAUUCUUGCAUUUACAGAAUGCACUUCAUUGUGUCCUCUGAGCAAGAGGAAUGACCAGGCUCGUUGUGGAGCUUAGUUGACUGGCAUCAUGGAAAAAUGGGGCUUGCCUCUUGCUGAGAUCUGAUACCAUGACCAGAGUGACUGAUGAUUGCCAGUUGUGAGUGGGGCCUUCAUCCUUCUUACCUUUCAUGUUAUUUUCAUCUCAGUGUGUAAGGUCGCUAGGGGGACUUUCAUCUCUGACCAUUUUUUCCUUAUCAGUACACCUUGAUGAAAUGACCAUUUUCCAUUUAAACAUGUUUUGUCAUUUGGUAACUUUGAGGUGACAGAAGGGCCCAAUUGAUCAAUGGUUACAAUCAGUACCUGCUGCGGCUACAAUUUUCGUGGUGGUCUUUACUUUUUUUGCCAGGAUCCUGCGAAGUUUGGAUUGCAUGCAGCAUGCGGCAACCACUUGCUAGACACAGGAUCUUCUGGACAAGGAUAGAUUAGAGAGGGAAAUUGUUGGCUUCAGGUCAGGGAUGAGGGCUGUCUACACAGAAAUUCAACAGGGACUGCAAAUGUUACUGCUGCUUAUGGAAAUUUUAGCUUCAAUCGAAUUGUGGAAUAUAGCACCACCUUCCCACCUGAAAGUUAUAUAUAUAUAUUGUACGUGGAUCCUCUACCUGAUGUUGGAGGAUAAUAGGCUGUGGCCCUUUUUGCGUGCCUUAUUAGGAGUUCACAUCAAACUGUUCAUUCUUGGGGGUUCAUCAUUUCGCCUUCUGAUUUGUUUUCUACAAAUAUAUGAGUUGGCUUUACAUUUUUUUGUCUUUGGGCUAAAUAAUGUACAAAUGUUUGCCCACAUUCUCAAAUGAUGUAUAUACUGUGAAUUUUGAUUUCAUAGACUAAUGCUAUUCUUAAGAAAUAUUAUGGAA